AUGUCGCAGGAUCUCCUCUACUGGCGCCGAGAGGUCAUUCACUAUAAUCUUUAUGGGAGGAGGAAACAGUUAUACUUUCAUCACUUUUUAGAAUGCAAGGCAAUCCCAUACAUCCCCUUCUCUUCCCCUGAGAUUGAGGAUGUUGAAGAUACCUCCGCGAAGCUUCGCUGGCAGCUUAUUGACGUUCCAGCUUUCGAAUAUGAAGAUGAGCCUCUAUCAUUCAUGGUUGAAAGUCAGCGUUUCCCUGACUACGAAUGGAGGCCUGUUGCCCGGGGAAUCAAGGGAACAUCUCACCGCUUGACGGGAUUGCAGCCACGACAGGAUUAUUAUUUCCGUAUUCGAGGAGAGACACCAUAUGGACUGACAGAGCCAUCUACACCUAUUUCCCCUGUACAGGAGACCAGGUCAGCUAUAUUUCACUCAUCAGAUAAAUUAUCUCCCUUUAUCCUGGGAUCUGACAGAACUAAAAAUUUUACAUCAGGAGUGCCAAUUGCAAGACCGUCUAUUUUCGCUGAGGAGCCAUAUGGAGCCAGGCUCCGUUGGAGCAAUGUCCACAUUCCAUCCUACAAGUCCAUGCCGAAAAUGUCCUACAUCGUCGAGAUGCAAGAACCACCUCGAAGGGAAUGGACACCCAUUGCAAGGGACAUAACUGCGCAUGAGUACCAACUGACCGAUCUCAGCCCACGCAAGGACUACAUGUUCAGGCUCCGUGCCUCUGACCCAAGUGGUGAAGUCAGCCGACCUACACCACCCAUUCCAUACUGGAAGUCCACUAGACUGAGCUACGAACCGCUGGUUGCUCCAGAAUCACUCAUCAACCAGGAGGACUUCACGCUCACUAACAGACCCUACAUCGAAAGUCUCACUGUCAAAGUUCCACCUCGGCUCACCAUUGAGAAGCCGACAUUGUACGAGUCCAGCCCUGAUUCUGUCCAGUUGUCCUGGCAUCAAGCUCGUGUUCCCAAGGCAACCAGCUCCCUCUCCAGGACCACCUACAGAGUGGAGAUGAGGCCUCAGGACUGUUUCGAUUGGCGAGAGGCAGGAUCCAGUAUUGUCGGUACAACCUUCCAUGUGAAGGACCUUCACCCCUUCCUGGACUAUGCCUUCCGUGUCCGUGCAGUCAACGAUUUUGGUUACAGUGAACCAACACUACCUGUUUUCCUUAACAGACCAAUAGAGCACAGGAUGUUUGGUGAUGAAGAUGAUGAUGAGGCGUUUGACUUCGGAAAACCAAUGAGCGAAACUGUGCCACCGAAACUUCCAAUUGAUACUCCGCGUCUGCUCACCUUGAGCCCCGAGUCCGUGCGCAUGUCCUGGAUGCCAGCCAGAAUCCCAGUGUAUGCCAAGUCUACACCCAUCACCUACACCAUUGAGGUCAAGGACACUCCAUCUGGGCAAUGGAGGGACCUGAUUGGUGGAAUCAGUGACAUGAGUCAUGAGAUUGGUGACCUGAUACCUUCUCAGGACUAUCACUUCCGUGUGAGGGCAGAGAAUGAGUAUGGAGUCAGUGAACCUACCUUCCAUGCAGCGCUGUCAAGAGCUAAAGCCAUUGAGAAGAGACGCCCAUCAGUUGAACGCUCAGAUGAUGGAAUAUUGUCAUCAAAGACGCCAUCCUACAUUGACAGUCUCAUGUCUGGAGUACCGCCAAGGACACCUUCUGGCCGACCUGCCAUCAGUAACCAGACUGAGGAUCGUCUUCUCUUGACCUGGCAACCUGCAAGGAUGCCUUCCUACCUGCGCCAGACGAAGGUCAGCUAUAUUGUAGAGCAACGGGAACCACCAAAUCAUUUAUGGUCUGUCAUUGCUGAAGAUGUCCCUGAAACAUCCUACACAGUGCGUGACCUUGACCCUGAACAGGACUACAUGUUCCGAGUGAGAGGUCAGAACGAGUUUGGCACCAGUGACCCAACUCUGCCAUCAUCUCUAACAAGAGAAAGAGAGGACCCUAAUGCUCGUGGAAUAUCGUGGGCGCUCCAGUUCUAG